UCGCGAGUCCGAUUUUCACGAUACAGAGUAAGUGAGCACUCGUCGCCGCAUAUAGAGGCCGGGCGCGAUCGUUUUUUACUUAUCAAUUAUUAUCGGUCUUUUGAGACGGUCGGAGCGGCCCCCGGACUCGAUGUUUGGGAUAAUAUCGUUGGACAAUACUCGGGGUCUGGCGGGCGUUUGAAUAGUCGGGCCCCCGGUGGUGGCUCCAUUCCUUUCGGAGCGAGAGAGAGAGAUCAUCGCGGCCGAGGGUGCAGACGGGAUCGGCUGCAGACGAAUCGAAAUUCGAACGCGGAGAGUCCAGGGCGGCCCGUCGCAGGUGGAUCCGACAAAAGGGACACAGAGUGGCUCAAUUGUGGGGCAACGCGCGAGUCGAAUUCCCGGCCGUCUUCGGCUGCCUACUCGGCUGCGCUUCGUCGAAUUAAUCGACGACUGCGAGUGCUGCCUCGUGAUCGAGUUCGCCAGAAGUUCGCCGCGUUCGUGCAUCGAGAAAAGUAAUCAGCAUGAAGUUUUGGAAGGAGGGCGGCGGCGUAUGCUCGCACGAGCGCGGCUGCGUCAACGUCGUGCCCGUCUGGAUGAAAAACGACACCGAGUACAAGUACCUGUUUCUCUACGAGGACCCGAGCUCCAAGCUGGUCGUGCUGAAGGCCAUGCGGAGCAACGACGCGGCCGAGACGGCCAACAAGCUGCUCGACGUCGUGGCCACCAUCGGGGCCCCUCGGCUGCUCCAGAGCUCCGUGGGCGGCCACUUCUCGCGACGACUGCUCCGCGAGUUCAAGUCCAAGUGGGCCAACGCGCCGACGACGACUCAGCACGACGCCGACGAGGCGAGCAGCCGCAGGCAGCUGCAGCGAGUCGCCGAGAUCCGCCGCUCCGUCGACGCCUGGCUCGCCGACAAUCCGACCAAGUGCUGGCUCGAGGGCAUCAAGAUCGUGCAGGCCCUGGAGAACGCCUCGGCGAGCUUGGCGCCGCUUCAGCAGCCGUCGUUGCAGCAGCAGCAGCAGCAGCAGCGUCAGAUAGGCGUCGUCGAGCCCGAGGUCGACUCGUAUCUCAGUCACGGGGUCGACGUAUUUUUGAGCGACUGCAACGACGAUUGGCUGGCCGCUGACAAGGAGUACAUGCUUCAGGCGCUGGACGCCGAGGACGCAGCAGCAGCAGCAGCAGCAGCAGCGAGCGACGAUCCGGCCGUGAUCGACCCGUUGCGCGCCGACGAGGCCAUCAUCGACUUGAACUGCAUCGAGAUCGGCGACUCGAACUCGAGCCAGAAUUACUUUUACGAGCUGCAGCAGGAGGAUGAUCAGAUGCCGUCGGUCGAGCUGGCGAAUCUGGACGAGCUGCUGUCGAGCAUGGACCGGCGCCUCGUGGAGCUGCGCAACAACGAGUACUUCAAGUGCGACCUGUGCGAGAGCAAGUACGAGAAGCUGAGCGAGCUCGAGGCGCACGCCAAGAGCCACGACCGGCCCGACAAUUACGUCUGCCAGGUCUGCUUCAAGUCGUUCCACGUGCUGCGGAUAUUCAACAAGCACCUGCGCUCGGCCCAUCCGGAGCUGCUGCCGAUCGAGCUGCUGGACAAGGCCGACUCGAGGACGAAGCCGGUGCUGGAGCGCGCCAAGAAGUCACCGCGCGGCUCCAAGAGCGCCGACUGGCAGUGCCAGCUGUGCAAGCGCAAGUUCGUCUACCAGAGCAUCCUCAAGCGUCACGUGCGCUCGCACACGAACGAGCGGCCCUUCGGCUGCAAGCUCUGCGAGCAGAGGUUCUUCCAGCGCAGCCACCUGAGCCAGCACUUCGUCCGCUGCCACACCAAGUGCAACGGCAACCAAUGCGCCGACUGCGGGGCCAGCUUCGACGCGAGGCAGGACUUUCUGCGCCACUACCGCGACUGCCACCACGAGAAGCUCGAGCCGCUCAAGCACCUGCUCGAGUGCGACUUCUGCAAGAAGAUCUUCUUCGACAAGUCGAGCCUGCGCCGCCACAUCGACGCGAUGCACGUCCAGCUGCAGCCACGCUACUGCUGCGAGAUCUGCGACAAGAAGUUCAAGCUCGAGUGCAAUCUACGGAAUCACAUGUACACCCACACCGUGGAGAAGACGUUCGGCUGCCCGAUCUGCGGCCGCAAGUUCAGCCAGAAGAGCGUGCUGCAGGCCCACGCGAGGCGACACACCGACGACAAGCCCUACCAGUGCGAGGUCUGCGGCCUGCGAUUCUUCGAGAAGCUCAAGUUCAUCGGGCACUCGAGGCGCCACACGAACGAGCGGCCCUUUCGCUGCGGCCUCUGCCCCAAGACCUUCGCCCUGAAGGAGACCCUGCGCCGACACGAGCACGCCGUGCACUACGCCAAGCCCAGCUACCAGUGCGAGAUCUGCGCCAAGAUGUUCAAGCAGCUCGUCCACCUCAACGUGCACAAGCGCGUCCACAGCGACGAGAGGCCCUUCCAGUGCGCCCUCUGCAAGGCCAGCUUCAAGUAUCGGGCUCUGCUGAAAAAUCACGAGGACGUGCACAAGAACGUGCGCCGCUACGAGUGCUUCGACUGUCGGGCCACCUUCGUGCGCAAGAGCAAUCUGAGGAUGCACAUCUCGGGCAUGCACACCAAGGAGCGACCCUUCCACUGCACCCACUGCGACAAGAAGUUCAAGCAGAAGAGCCACUUGAACGGACACCUGAGGACCCACACCAAGGCUCUGCCCUUCGCUUGCCACAUAUGCGGUCAUCGCUGCAACAGACGCGACAAUCUGAACAAGCACAUCAAGACUCACGAUAUAACGAGGAUAGUCAAGAGAAGAGCCAAAAAGAAUACACCGUCGAGCGAAAACUUGAUCAAGUUGUACGGUCAGUGAUUUUGUUCAACUUAUCUAUCGUAUUUCUAUAUUGACGUCAAUUCUCAAUGUGAUAUUGUGAAAGUAUGUACUCACGUGUAUGUGAUUUUUACUCAUCUUUCAAAUUUAAUCAUUCCACUUGCAUCCCAUCUUCAACUUUGCCAUAAAUAUUGAAUUGUUGAAUAUAAGAAAUUCCAGCUUACAUUUUAUUGUGCAAUAUGUUAACCGUUGGAGUGUCAUACAAUAA